AUGGCGCUUUUAUAUUGCGAGGGGACAGUGAAGCCGGGGGGGAACCACGACCCCGAGGAAGCUUCCAACCGUCUACAUAAAGCCAUCCAGGGUCUAGGCACCGAUGAAAAGGUCAUCAUCGAUGUCCUGGCUGGACAUAUCAACCACGAACGACAAGAAAUCAAGACCAUGUAUAAAACAAUGUUUGGGCAGGAUUUGGUAGACGACAUAUCAGGUGACCUGAGCGGGCAUUUUGAAAAACUGUGUCUCUAUCUCUUGAUGCCCAGCAGAUUGUUUGAUGCCUGGUGUUUGCGUCAGGCUCUAGAGGGCCUCGGGACGGAUGAAGAAAGACUCAUAGAAAUUCUGUGUGGUAGAACCAAUAGUGAGAUCCACUCCAUCAAAGAGGAAUACCAAAAUUAUUUCAAGAGGUCCUUAGAAGAUGAUGUCAGAAAAGACACCAGUGGCCAUUUUCAACACAUCUUAAUCAGCCUACUGCAGGGGAAUAGGAGCGAGGAACAGGAACUUGAUGACCAGAAGGUCAGAAAAGAUGCAAAGGAUCUAUUUGAGGCAGGGGAGAAUAGAGUUGGAACUCAUACGUCUGUAUUCAACAGUAUCCUGGCCUCCCGCAGCGCUCCACACCUACAAGCAGUGUUUGAAUACUACAGAAGAAUUAGUCAGCAGGACAUCGAAGCUGCAAUCAAAUCCGAAACUAGUGGAAACCUGUGCAAGGCCCUCCUAGCAGUUGUUAAAUGUAUCAAGGACCGUCUGGAUUAUUAUGCAGAGUGCAUACAUAAGUGUAUCAAGGGUUUGGGGACCAACGACAAAAGGCUGAUGGAACUGAUCGUCUCCCACUGUGAGAUUGAUCUGAAAGAUAUUGGGGAUGUGUACUUAAAGAAAUACGGGGAAAGUCUGGCUCUGGCAAUCAAAGAAGACACCAGCGGGGACUACGGGAAGCUGCUUGUGAGACUUGCCACCCAUCAGUGAUCAAUGUCAAGACAUUUACCACAACAGAAAUAUUAUUUACCCUUUCUUUUCAAAUAUAAUCUUACAGGACAACUAGCAUGAGAGAUCUUGGAACUAGUAAUCAAUAAAUCUGGAACAUAACAGACUGGCUAGCAAUGAAAGAGACGAAUGGUAAUAAUUCACCAUCAUUCAAAAUGAAGUACAUUCACUUGGCUUGAAACCCAAUGACUGGAAUUUUUUAUUUCCAUUUUCUAAGUACAUUUAGUAGAUGGAAACAAUCCAAUAUACAUGUGCCAUAUUUUUUGUAUAUAAUGAUCUUGCCAAGAUAAUUGACGAAAUAAAAGAAGCACUCCUAAA